ACUGCUGCCUCUACUGCAGUGUCCCAACUGAGUACAGUGAGGCUGGUGGGCGGACCGAUAGACGGACGAACACCGAGACGCUGCGACCACCCCAUCUACUGCCAGUGCCACGGUAGCCCGCUCCGCACCGCCCGCCCAGCCACCCCUCGCUCGGGUGCCCGCCGUGCACGGCCCCAGACCUCCGGCUGCUUGGCGCCCGGGGUUCGCCAUGCGCUCCGCCGCUGUCCUGGCGCUUCUGCUCUGCGCGGGGCAAGUCAGCGCCCUCCCUGUGAGCAGCCCUGUGAAUAUAAGGGACACCGAGGUAAUGAAGUGCAUCAUUGAGGUCAUCUCCGACACGCUCUCCAAGCCCGGCCCCGUGCCCGUGAGCCAGGAGUGUUUGGAGACGCUCCGAGGAGAUGAGCGGAUCCUCUCAAUCCUGCGACAUCAGAAUUUGCUGAAAGUGCUCCAAGACUUCGCUCUCCAAGGUGCCAAGGAGAGGGCGCAGCAGCAGGAGAAACACAGCAGCUUUGAGGAGGAGCUCUCAGAGGUUCUUGAGCAGCAGAGCGACCAGGACGGGCUGAAGGAGGGGGCGGACGAGAUGCCCUCCAAGGAGUACUCGGAGGAAAAGUUGGAGUCCUCAGAGGGAACGAUGGACUCGAGCGAGGUGGAGAGGAAUGGCGGAGACGAGGACGGAGCCGGGCCCCAGGCCUCCCCGGAGCCCAGGCAGGGGUCCACGGUUGAGGAGGACGACCAAACCCCAGGGGAGGAGGAGGAGGCUGCCAACACCCACCCCCCGGCCAGCCCCCCCAGCCAGAAACACCCAGGCCUUGAGGCCGAGGGGGACAGCGAGGGCCCCUCCCAGGGUCCAGUGGACAGAGAAAAGGGCUGGGGUGCAGAGCAAGGGCAGCAGGCAAAGAGAGAGGAGGAGGAGGAGGAGGACCCAGAGGCUGGUGAGAAGGUCGUCUCUGAAGACGAAGGCCCCACCGCAGCGUCCGACCCCCACCCCAGCCUCGGCUACAAGGCGGCCCCGCGGGGCGAGACUGCUCCAGGUCCCUCGGAGGCUCUGGCUGUGGACAGAGGCGGGAAGACUGGGGCUGGGGAAGCUCAGAAGGGGGAGCAGGAACAGUCCUUGCAGGAGGAGGAGGAGGAGACAGCAGGGGCCCUCCUGGGCCCCUUCCGGGGCGGGAAGAGCAGGGAGCAGCCUCAGCAGCAGCAGCAGGAGCAGGAGCAGGAGGAGCAGCUCUCCAAGGAGUGGGAGGAAGCCAAGCGGUGGAGCAAGAUGGACCAGCUGGCCAGGGAGCUGACGGCUGAGAAGCGGCUGGUGGGGGAGGCCGUGGAGGACGACGACCCGGACCGCUCCAUGCAGCUCUCCUACCAGGCCCGGGGCUAUGGCUUCAGGGGCCCCAGGCUGCGAGGCUGGAGGCCGGACCCCCAGGAGGACACGGUGGAGGCGGGCCCGCCCCUCCGGGGGCACCGCUACCCGGAGGAGAAGAAGGAGGAGGAAGGCAGCGCCAACCGCAGGCCAGAGGACCAGGAGCUGGAGAGCCUGUCGGCCAUCGAGGCAGAGCUGGAGAAGGUGGCCCACCAGCUGCAGGCGCUGCGGCGGGGGUGAGGUGCUGGCCGGCGGCCCCGGCCAGGGCCCCAAGGUUCCCUGUGGUCCUCCUGGCUCUGCUGUCCCCUUUACAGGGCCUGGCCGGCCGCCCUGUGCGCUGCUUCCGGUAGGGAGGUGGCCCCAGCCCGCCCUUGCCCAGGCCACCCCGCUGCCCCCAUUGUCCUUUCCUCCCACUCUGGACCCCAGUGCACCCCUCUGCGGGGCGGACCCCUGCAACUUUAAACAAGGACCCUCUCUGUGAACACAGGAAGCUUUCUAGAAGUUUCCUUUCCACAUCAGAGCCAUUGGGCACAACUGCAAUAACUCCCGACCUGUCAGUGAAAGCUGAGGACCCCCGACUGUAAAUCUUCUGUGCACACUUUAUCGAAGGAAAAAUAAAUCUUCUCUGGGCUCUCCUGUU